AUAAUUUUUACAGGCUUUAUAAAAGCAGUACUAAAAUCUGAAUCAAAUAAAAAUAUUCGUUUUUAUGUUAUAAGAGGAUUAGUUACUACUUCUCCAGCACUCAGAAUAGUAAUUGGUCCACCAACUGAUAAGGGAGAUUCUGGUGUUCGAGGAAGUAAUGGUGGAAAAUCAUCAAAUUCUUCGGGUAGAGGUACAGGAGACGGAAAUAGAUUAUGUUGUCCAAAAUGUGGAAAUCCUUGCUCUCAUGUAGAAACUUUUGUUUCAUCCACAAGAUUUGUGAAAUGUGAUAAAUGCCAGCAUUUUUUUGUUGUGUUAUCGGAUGUUGAUUCUAAAAAAUCUUUGAAAGAUCAACUUGGAAAUGAAAAAGUUAAUAUUCAGAGACGAUCUCCACCACCACCUAAAAAAAUAUAUGAAUAUUUGAAUAAUCAUGUAGUAGGUCAGAAUCAUGCAAAGAAAGUAUUAUCUGUAGCAGUUUAUAAUCAUUAUAAAAGAAUAUUUAAUAAUAUUCCAAGCAUAAACUCUACAAAUCGUCAAGAAAGUUCUGUUGGAGAAAAUCAACAUACAGGAUUUGCUUUAAAAGAUUUGUUUCAUAAUCCAGGGAUUUCUCAUAGUAAUGCUCUUGGUGUAACACCUCAACAACAACAAAUACAAGAUUCAGAUGCUCGUCAAAAUCGAGGAUCAGAUGUACUUGAUGUCAUGACCCAUGAACUUCGUUUAGAAAAAAGUAAUAUUUUAUUACUUGGACCAACUGGUUCUGGUAAAACAUUAUUAGCACAAACUAUUGCUCAAUGUUUGGAUGUACCAUUUGCUAUUUGUGAUUGUACUACACUUACACAGGCUGGUUAUGUUGGAGAAGAUAUCGAAUCAGUCAUAGCUAAACUUCUACAAGAUGCCAAUUAUAAUGUUGAAAAAGCUCAACAAGGAAUUGUAUUUCUUGAUGAAGUUGAUAAAAUAGGAGCAGUGCCAGGCAUUCAUCAGUUACGAGAUGUUGGUGGAGAAGGUGUGCAACAAGGAAUGCUUAAAAUGCUUGAAGGUACCUUAGUCAAUGUACCAGAACGUAAUUCUAGAAAAUUAAGAGGCGAAACAGUCAUUGUAGAUACGACUAAUAUACUUUUUGUAGCAUCAGGUGCCUUUAAUGGCUUAGACAGAAUAGUCAGUAGAAGAAAAAAUGAAAAGUAUCUUGGAUUUGGAGCGCCUGUUUCAGAAUCUCCAGGAAGGAGAGCAGCGUCAGCAGCAGAAUUAGCAAAUUUUACAACUCACAGUUCUCCUGAAGAUGAUAAUUCUGAAAAGGAUGCUCUCUUAAGAAUUGUUGAAGCAAGAGAUCUGAUAGAAUUUGGAAUGAUACCUGAAUUUGUUGGACGUUUUCCAGUAGUUGUACCUCUCCACAGUUUGAAUGAAGAAAUGCUUAUUGAAAUCCUUACUAAACCUCGUAAUGCUUUAAUACCACAAUAUCAAAUGCUAAUUGGAAUGGACAAGGUUGAAUUAAGUUUUUCUCCCGAGGCCUUAAAAUCUGUUGCGAGGUUGGCAAUGGAAAGAAAAACUGGAGCACGAGGUUUGCGAGCAAUAAUGGAAAAUAUACUUUUAGAACCGAUGUUCGAAAUUCCCGGUUCGGAUAUAAUUAGUGUAAGAAUCACCAGUGACGUCGUUAUGGGUCUAUGUCCACCCAUUUACAUACGCAGCGAACACAGAGAACAUGAUGACUACGACAACAGCGAAGACAAAGAGCGGGCGAUAAAUACAUGAAAUCAGUCAAAGUGGAAAAAAAUACAUGCAAAGUAUCUUUAAGUUUGUAAAAUAAUUCGAAAGAAUCGGACACGUAUUAUUAACCGAAAUAUUUCUGUACAAAUGCCAAGAGAGAUCAUCACGAAUAAUGCGCAGCUUUUUCCGGAGACAGUCAAAAUAUCUUUUAUGUACGGAGAAGUGAGGAGAGGAGAUGCUCGACGAUUCAAAUUUUGUUUACUUUAUAAAAGUAUUUUGUUUAAUUAGAACGAUUCUUUUAAAAUUAAAAAAAAGGAUUUAAAUAUUUUACAAAUUUGUUGUUUUUUUGAUCUUUUUACAUUUUCAAAAAUAAAAUGAUAGAGUCGCGAUUAUCUGAAGUAAUGUCAACCAAGGAUAAUCAAAAACUCGAACAUUACACCACUGAAUGUUCGAUUGAUUUAAUUAUUUACCAGUUUUGGUUGUAUUAAUAAAUAUUUACCAUGUGCUCUAUUUUUAGAUUAAAAAUGUUUUGUUGUAUA